CUACAAAACGUCAUUGAUGGCAUAUUUAUCUAUUAUCUUAACUCUAGCGACGGGAAAACCAACUUGUGCUCUUGAAUAAAAAGCAAAGUUUUCUUUACUUACGAACUAGUGUUAAAAACUCUCUAGGCAUGUGGUCUGUGGUGUGGUUUAUUUCGUUAUAUGGUCUGGCGUAUGGAGCGUCCCGACUGGAUCCUUUAGUGUCUACCAAAGGAGGAUUGAUAAGAGGACUCCAGUUCGGUGAUGGAUACGCUAAGUUUUUAGGAGUCCCGUAUGCUGUCGUUGAUGCUAACAAUCCGUUUGGGCCUUCUGUACCUCAUCAAGGUUUUGAUGACACAUUCGAAGCAUACGAGUCAAAAGCGUGUCCACACACACAAUUCAAUAGUAAUACCGCUGUGGGUACUCUAGACUGUCUCACUGUUGAUAUAUACGUACCAAGUACUGCUAAUUCAAGAAAUCGUUUACCUGUAAUGGUAUGGAUACAUGGCGGAGCUUUCAUUGGAGGCAGCAACAGAGAUGAAGCUAAUGAACCUGUGUCAUUACUCAAACACGAUGUCAUAGUUGUAGCUGUAAACUACAGACUUGGUAUCUACGGUUUCAUGUGUCUCGAUAUACCUGAAGUGCCUGGCAACCAAGGACUCAAAGACCAGACUCUAGCACUCAGAUGGGUGCGUGAUAAUAUAGCUGCCUUUGGAGGAGAUGAAAACAAAAUCACCAUAUUUGGUGAAAGUGCUGGUGGUAUGUCGGUUAAUAUGCACUUAUUUUCUUUUAAUGAAAAGCUAUUUGACCAAGCUAUUAUACAAAGCGGUCCAGCUCUGAGUUACUGGAUGAUGGUAGAAUCCAAUAAUACUAUACCUUCAAGACUUGCCGAAGAAUUAGGUUUUGUUACUUCUGAUAUAAAUGAGGCUCUUAAAUAUCUUGCUACAGUUGACCCACAUUUGUUAGUGCAAGUAGCAAGAGACUUAAAAAUUUCUAGUGGGUCUGGCACUGACCAACCGCUAACGAAACCAUGCGUUGAAAAAGAGUUUGAAGGAGUUGAGAAUUUUAUAACAGAGCAUCCUAUGAAUAUGAAGGCCACAAAAGUAAGUAGGACUCCAAUAAUCAUUGGGAACACAGCGCGGGAAUUCUUUUUUCAAUACGCUUAUCAAGAUGAGAAAUUUUUUGAAUCGUUCGAUAUAAACACUUUAUUUGAAAUGGGUUUUAAUGUCGACAGUGAUUUCGAAGAAGCUAUAGAUGAAGUUAGACACUUUUAUUUUGGUGACGAAAAAAUACAUAAGAAUCUUGUUGAAGAACUCAUUGAUUUUGGAACAGAUUUAAUAUUUGGCCAUUCAACGCAGAGGAUGGCUGAAAAACUAUUAGAAAGUGGUGCAGACAAAGUUUACAGGUUCAUCUUUUCUUACCGUGAAGCAAGUCAUGGAGAUGACUUAGGUUAUGUGUUCGACUCGACAUUUGGCAGGUCAGAAGAUGAACCAGAUAGCGAAAAAGAGUCAGUUAAAACUCGACUUAUUAAGCUUUGGACCAAUUUCGCAAAAUAUGGAAAUCCGACACCAACCUCCACGGAACUUUUACCAUUCAUUUGGACACCAAUUACAAAGACGUCACAACCUUACCUGGACAUGGAUUCAGAAUUCACCAUCAAGAACAGACCAGCUCAUGACAGAAUGGCAUUCUGGGAUCUUUUCUACAAACUAUAUGGAAAACAACAGAAAUGGUACAAAGCGCAAUAAGGAAACAACUAAUAAAAUUAACGUUUUAAAAAUUAAGAAAAAAGAUGAACCAAUAACUUUAAUGGCAUUUUUUUGUAUAUUUUUUCAUAGCAAUAAGUUAGCUAUACACAGAUACACGUA